AUGUCUCUCUCCAACAAGCUCAACAUCACGGAUGUCGACCUCAAGGACAAGCGUGUCCUGAUUCGCGUCGACUUCAACGUCCCUCUCGACGGCGAGAAGAACAUCACCAACAACCAGCGCAUCGUUGGCGCUCUUCCCACCAUCAAGUACGCUAUUGACAAUGGUGCCAAGGCUGUUAUCUUGAUGUCCCACCUCGGCCGUCCCGAUGGCAAGGUCAACCCCAAGUACAGCUUGAAGCCCGUCGUUGCUGAGCUCUCUAAGCUUUUGGAUGGCAAGGACGUCAUCUUCACCGAGGACUGCGUUGGCCCUCAGGUCGAGGAGACCGUUAACAAGGCCACCGGUGGUCAGGUUAUCCUGCUGGAAAACCUGCGUUUCCACGCCGAGGAGGAGGGCUCCUCCAAGGAUGCCGAGGGUAAGAAGGUCAAGGCUGACAAGGAGAAGGUUGCCGAAUUCCGCAAGGGCCUGACUGCUCUUGGUGACAUCUACAUCAACGACGCCUUCGGUACCGCUCACCGUGCUCACAGCUCCAUGGUCGGUGUCGAUCUUCCCCAGAAGGCCGCCGGCUUCCUCGUCAAGAAGGAGCUUGAGUACUUCGCCAAGGCCCUUGAGAACCCUCAGCGCCCCUUCCUUGCCAUUCUCGGCGGUGCCAAGGUUUCCGACAAGAUCCAGCUUAUUGACAACCUGCUCCCCAAGGUCAACAGUCUGAUCAUCACCGGUGGCAUGGCCUUCACCUUCAAGAAGACCCUCGAGAACGUCAAGAUUGGUAACUCCCUCUUCGAUGAGGCUGGCAGCAAGAUUGUCGGCGAGAUCGUCGAGAAGGCCAAGAAGAACAACGUCGAGAUUGUUCUGCCCGUCGACUACGUCACUGCCGACAAGUUCGCUGCUGAUGCCAAGGUCGGCGCUGCCACCGACGCCGAGGGUAUUGCCGAUGGCUUCAUGGGUCUCGAUGUUGGCCCCAAGUCCGUUGAGAAGUACCAGGAGGUCAUUGGAAAGGCCAAGACUAUCCUUUGGAACGGCCCCCCCGGUGUCUUCGAGAUGAAGCCCUUCGCCAACGGUACCGAGAAGACUCUCGAUGCCGCUGUCAAGGCUGCUCAGUCCGGCUCCAUCGUCAUCAUUGGUGGCGGUGACACUGCCACCGUGGCUGCCAAGUAUGGCGUUGAGGACAAGCUCUCUCACGUUUCCACUGGUGGAGGUGCCUCCCUUGAGCUUCUUGAGGGCAAGGAGCUCCCCGGUGUUGCUGCGCUGUCCAGUAAGUAA